AUGGCUCCAUUUGAAGCUCUAUAUGGGCGAAAAUGUCAGACGCCAUCAUGUUGGUAUCAAGAUGGUGAAAGUAUGAUUGUAGGUCCAGAAAUGGUUCAUCAGAUUACAGAAAAGGUUAAGAACAUUAAGGAAAAGAUGAAAGCUUCACAAGACCGUAAAAAAAGCUACGCCGACAAAAGACGUAGGCCGUUGGAUUUUGAAGAGGGAGACCAUGUGUUCCUCCAUGUCACACCUACCACGGGAGUGGGGAGAGCAAUCAAAACACGUAAGUUAACUCCAAAGUUUAUUGGGCCCUAUCAAAUAACUUCAAAAAUUGGACCUGUGGCUUACCGAAUUGCAUUACCGCCCUUUUUAUCUGGCAUACAUGAUGUGUUUCAUGUCUCACAACUACGGAAGUACAUUCCAGACCCUUCUCACGUAAUCAAACCAGACACCAUUCAGCUUAAAGACAACUUAUCAUUCAAAGCAAUACCCGUUAGGAUCGAGGAUAGGAAAAUGAAGCUGCUAAGGAAUAAGGAAAUUCCGUUAGUAAAAAUAAUUUGGAACCAUGCCACUGGUGAUGCAACUUGGGAACUUGAGAGUGAAAUCCGAGAGAAAUACCCAGAAUUGUUUACAGACACGUAUAUUCGAGGACGAAACUCUUUUAGGGGGGAGUAUUGUAAGGCCCAUGGAGAAUUGUAUGCACAUACAUUUCAUGGUUACGUGGCUACUGGAGAGGAGUCACGAGGUGCACACCGGAGAGGUGGCACGAGGUGUGUGUCCGAGAGGGAACCACCUUAUCCCGAUGUGGAUCAUUGA